AUGUACAAGAAACCAGGAUCUCAGGGAGCAGCUAGGGGAGUGGUUGAUGGGGAGGAAGGGCCCAGAACAUGUGUGAGCAGUUCUCUAACUGGCCUUUACCUACAGGUGGCUGUAGUCCUGGCAGUGGUCAUGGGAAGCCAUACCUUCCAUUUACGACUCCAAAGGGACAGCUCCCGUCCCAGAUGCUGCUCCAACAAAGGACAGGAAUUCUUGGAGGAGUGGCUGAAGUGGAACCCUGUGGUGGCAAUCCCUCCAGAGACUACUAGCAUCUCACAUCAUGCAGAGUCCUGCCAGUCCAGUGAGGAAGGCCCCCUGAACAGCAGGGCCAUUGCCCCCUGGAGAUAUGAGUUGGACAGAGAUGAGAACCGGCUCCCCCAGGACCUGUACCACGCCCGCUGCCUGUGCCCACACUGUGUCAGCCUACAGACCGGCUCCCACAUGGACCCCCGGGGCAACUCAGAGCUGCUCUACCACAACCAGACAGUCUUCUAUCGGCGGCGGUGCCAGAACCAGCAAGGUGCCCAUGAUGGCUACUGUCUGGAGCGCAAGCUCUACCCUGUGUCCUUGGCCUGUGUGUGUGUGAGGCCCCGCGUGAUGGCCUAG